AUGCCAUCACUCGAAGAUCUGCGUGAGCAAUGGCUUCAUCUCUACCGCACCCGGCUGCCGGGCCUGGCCAAGGCCAGAGAUACCGCACAGCCGAAAUGGCCUGUCCAGCUCGACCACUGUUUCGCGCGCAUCAUCCUUGACAACGCCGUCGGUAAGGAUCGACCAUGGAAUCAGGUUUUGAAGAGCCCAGCAUAUAAGCACAUGAGCAGGGAGCAGUUGGAAUCUGCCAUCGCUCUCGGGCACAAGCUGUCAACUGGUGAAGCAGACCUUGUGGCGCUAGAUGAGAGGAGCCUCGCACUGAGGUGCAAGAAGAGUAAAACCAAGACGGAGCCUGCAGCUGCUCCGAAAAGGGAAAAGACUGACUUGGACGACGAGAAUCCGCAGGGGCGCAAGAAACAGGCAACUACCGGCAAAGUCUCAUCUUAUUUCCAGCCAAGUACUGGAGUGAAGCCAAACAAAUUGGAAGACAGUAUCAGUGACAGCAAAGAGAAAAGUCGCACAUCAUCCGAGAUCAUAAACAAGAUCAACACGUCGUCCGAACUCACUCCCUUCCGGAAAGGCAUUCUGGCACUUCUCACUCAGGUCCCCCGCGGUCGCUACACAACCUACCAGGCACUGGCAGAUCACAUCUGCAGGACAUCGCACAAGUCGUCCGCCAGGGCAGUGGGAAACGCCAUGCGAAACAACACGUUCGCGCCCGUGGUGCCAUGCCACCGAGUCCUGGCGAGCGACGGGACGAUAGGGGGGUUUGGCGGCCAGUGGGGUGAGGGUGGACAGCACGCUUCCGCGAAGCGGAGGUUACUGAAAGAAGAAGGCAUCAUGUUUGACGGCAGCGGGAAAGCAGUCGGGGGUCCCUUUCGAGGGUUUCGGUAG